UGUUCUCCUCAACCUUUAAACGUGUUACACUUCGUUCAAGCGCUGGCCUAUCGAUUGCGGCAGCGGCAGCUACAUUCCAAAAAACAACUAGAAAACCAGCCGUCGAGUUUGGUGUAAGGAAAAUGCACAGCAAGGUUGUCAUUAUCGGUUCUGGGCCUGCUGCCCACACGGCUGCUGUCUACUUGGCACGAGCCGAGCUGAAGCCCGUUCUCUACGAGGGUUUCAUGGCCAACGGUAUCGCCGCUGGCGGUCAAUUGACCACCACCACCGAAGUUGAGAACUUCCCCGGUUUCCCCAAGGGUAUCAUGGGAGGCGAGUUGAUGGACAACAUGCGAGCCCAGUCCGAGCGCUUCGGCACAGAAAUCAUCACCGACACCGUCGCUACCCUCGACCUCUCUUCCCGCCCCUACAAGUACACAACCGAGUUCUCCCCCGAGGAGACACACACCGCCGAGACCGUCAUCCUCGCUACCGGCGCCUCAGCCCGCCGUCUUAACCUCCCCGGCGAGGACAAGUACUGGCAGAACGGCGUCUCGGCCUGCGCUGUCUGCGACGGAGCCGUCCCCAUCUUCCGCAACAAGCCUCUCUUCGUCAUUGGUGGUGGUGACUCCGCCGCCGAGGAGGCCACUUUCCUCACAAAGUACGCCAGCCACGUUACCGUCCUCGUCCGUCGCGAUGUCCUUCGUGCCAGCCGAACCAUGGCCAACCGACUUCUUAACCACCCCAAGUGCACCGUCUUGUUCAACAGCGGUGCCACUGAAAUCCGAGGUGGCGAGGAUGGCCUCAUGAGCCACCUCGUUGUCAAGAACAAUAAGACUGGCGAGGAGAAGGUUCACGAGGCCAACGGUCUGUUCUACGCCAUCGGCCACGACCCCGCCACGACCCUCGUCAAGGGUCAGGUUGACAUGGAUGAGGAUGGUUACAUCAAGACCAUCCCUGGUACAACAUACACCAACGUCGAGGGUGUCUUUGCCGCUGGUGAUGUCCAGGACAAGCGAUACCGACAGGCUAUCACCAGUGCCGGUACUGGAUGCAUGGCUGCCCUCGAGGCUGAGAAGUUCCUCGCCGACCACGAGGAUGACGAGCGAGCCGACGAGCGACCCAACCCCAACUAAGAAAUCAAAAUAAGACACAUAGAAACUUCAAUAUAGACUUGCCCCAUUUUAGACAUGAUAUAGAAAUCUGCAUAAAAAGCAUGAGCAGUCAAUAGACUUUCAAUCUAAUUCAUUUAGCGUU